CUUGAAGGGACGGGCGCGUCGUGCGUUCGCGCUAGCGCGUCGCUGUAAGCCAGAAGUGGUGGGAGGGUUUUAUUGGGAGACAGAUGAUCCCUUCUCGCAGGUCGGUGUGACGAAGAGGCUGAAACCGCAGCUUCUGGAGUCAAAUACUCUUCUUCAGCAAACUUGUGAUUGGCGGUCUGGUCACCGAUCGCCAGAGAAUCACGCACAAACGCACUUAUUGCCAAGGAAUUAUGCAUUCAGACAAUCAGUUCUUCUACGACCUGGAGGGCUGUCGAGUUGGAAAACGAGUUUCCCCAUUGCGUGACUGUUUGCAGCGUGUAAUCGGCGGGAAAAUAUUGGAGAUCAGUACCACUGAAAAAGAAUUAGAUUAAGGGAAACGAUAAAAUAAGGUUAAAAUGUCUAUGCUAAUGAUGUACACGUUUUUAGUCGUGAUGUUCUUGGUGUUUUUUGGCGGCCUUUACUUCUGUUACUUCCGCAGGAGGAUUACGUUCAGUGAGUGAUUACGGACUGGAAAAACAAUAUUUUACGCGUUUUAUUUCUCAAAACGUAAGUGCAAUAUCACAACAUAUUUUUUUCUAGACCUAUGAACUGCAAAAGACUUCCAAAUCAUAAAGAAAGUACUAAAAACACUGACCCCACAAGACAAGAUAAAGAUAUUCCAAGUGCAACACCAGAACUCGUUAUUUCUCAAGACCACCUGACAUGGGAAGACCUCCGUAUCUUUGUGAAAGAAAGAAAGAAAGAAAGUAGCAUCUAACCACAACCUUCAAAUACGACCAAGAGUCCUCUUCAGAUGAAACAGGAUUUCAUCAUAGGAUCUUCUCAGUGUUCCCUCACUGGUCAUUUCUUUCGGCAACUAAGAUUACACGCGGUGGAAAAGACAUUCGGCCUCUUUGAAGGUUAUCAAAACAUUGGAUCAUAACACAACAACAAUUUUUCCCAGAAACGUAAAUUAACAUUUAGAAUUUAUUCAAGAGUUGUUAUGACUUCUCCUGAGCACUGAAUAGUAAACGCAUUAAUUGAUAUCCUUUUCGAAAAAAAAAAAGAUAUUUUCGUGACAUUUCUUUUGGAAUUAGAUUAAAAUUCACAGUCGAAAAAAAUGAGGUGAUCAUUUGCGAGACAAGUCAAAGUACACGAUAAAUAAUGUGGCGUCAGUGAAUCUAUACCUUCCUUUAGUCUGUCUGUAGCAAAUUACACCUUCUUGGCGGCCUCAAAACAAAAGAAGUUAGUAGCAAAUUAUAUUCUUCGGGACCCUCCUAAAGAUCUUUACAGAGAUCUCGUGUAUUUACUAAUUUCAUGUAUUUACUAAUUUCUUUAUGAAAAAUUCUGUUGGAAAAAAACUAAUUAUUUUAGUCGAGCUCUGGGAUUUAGGGGAAAAUUUUUAAAUAACUUAUACUUUGAUGCUCUUUAAAAAAGAUUUUGGCGAGAGGAUUUAUAGACACUAGUUAACAGAGAUCAAAGAUCUCAAGAGAUUGGCCUACCUGAAGAAGAAAUGGUCAAAGAGGGAGAAAGGAAAGAAUAACCGAAGAAUCGAGUUGCCUGAAUCUGCUACAGAGGCAGAUUAAAGGACCAAGGAGCAGGCUGAAGUUCCCUUGACAUUUUAAGAGUCAGAGAAUUACCAAACACAACGAGGCAAUUCCUCUUGCAAACCUUCGAAGAAGUGCAAAUCUAUCAAUGAAAUAAUUUUCAACAGACUUUCAGCCUAGUCCGAUUCUGCCAAAACGAAGACUACCUCAGUACAUGAUGGGUUGGGUGGCCCGUAAGGUUUCUUAGCCCAAAGCGCCUCGUCAAAACUACAGGGAAAGAUGGACUCGGGGCCAGGUCGGUGUUGGGUGUGCGACGGGCCGGGGAAACUGUGGUGCUCCGGUUGUCGUUUCGCCCUGUACUGUUCCUUGGCCUGCCAGAAGAAGGAUAAAGCUAGACAUCUGGAUGAAUGUUUCAACAGCAGCAAGAGACGAGCCCAUUGCAGCUACUGCGGGAGGGACGAAACGCUGGGGGGAGUCUCUUGCAUAGAUUGCCUCGUCUGCUGUUACUGCACCGACUCCUGCAGGAAGAUGGACUCGAAGAACCACAAGCCUGUUUGUCAGAAAGCGAGAGAAAAGGUACUUGAAGCAACCAAGAAAAUAGGUGACUGGAAUCGUCGCGCGAAGGGCAUCCCGCAGUACAUGGGCCGACUCAUCCAUGCUGUUGAUUACUUGAGAUGGAGCGAAAAUGAAGGGUCCAAAUUGCAGCAGAUAUCUGUAUUCGAAGCCACGAAACAGAAGAAAAAGGCAGAAGAUGAGCGCUCGAGAGAUUUGACGAAGGGGAGGAGAUCUACUCCAGAACUUACUCAGGAAAUAGGAGAAGAAUCCCUCAGAGUCCUGAUGCUCGGAGCUGACCUGAAGCACGUGCUGAGGACCCUCCACGACACUCCGGAUUCCUGUACGCAGGGCAUUGACAUCACACUUCUGGAUUCCAGUCCCCACAUUUUAGCCCGAAACCUUUUGGUGCUGUAUCUGCUCAUGCUCCCUGAUGCUCCAACUCCACUUCAGGAUCAAGCAAUGCUCAAGAUUCAUGCAGAAAGGGUCGUGAUGGUGUUCUACUCCCUUUGCUUGGACAUGGAAACCCACGCCCUUCUAUGCAACACGCUUCACAACCUUCUCAACAUGACUUAUAAGUCAUUCUUGCAUGAAAUGCGACAACAGGUUCAAAUUGAUGCAGUAACCUACACUCUGGUCCAGGCGGUUUGGAGUGGCUGGAUGAGCUAUGCAAACGACCCCUCAGCUAUGCAGAAACUGGACAACAUCAGGACUCUCAAGAUAUCUGGAAAGGUAGUCAAGGAUGUGCUUGGUCGUUAUCUUAAAUCAUGUCCAAAGGAACACCAUAAGGGGAUAUCGGACUGGAUAAAGAGAGGUUCCUUGAAAAAGCAGAAAGGGUGCCAUUUCCCUAACGUGACUCUCACUUGUUUCAGUCCUCUUAAGAGGGAAUAUUUAGACAAGUUUGAGGAUGUCAAUCCCAAGUGGUCAGAGGAGACAGAGUGGGUAAAAGCUGUAUCCCCUGAAGAGGACAUGAUUUAUGCUCCCCAUGGCAUUGAUAUGAUCUUUCAAGAUUGGGAUUUUGUCCUAGUAUGUAAAAAUACAAAAAAGGAGAGUAAUGUUGUAGAAAUGUAUCUAAAAUUUCUAACUCAAGUAUUCAAGAAAUCCAGCCAGAAACUAUUAAAAUCAAAUCAAGUCACCAUCAACUUUAUACGGGCAAAUGUCAGAGAUCUCAAGAGGUCACAUUCCAUCAUCAAAGGAAAGUUUGACAGAAUUGCAACAGGUAUCCAUGCUGACUUACUGGGAACCCCAUUUGUUUUGCAAGAACUAGGUGGUUUUCUAAGUACAGAUAACACAUAUGCAAGGCUCAUGACACACCACCGAGUAUGGUCUCUAUGUCUUAACUGGCAACAAGAUCAGCAAGCCCGUGAAAUGUUCCAGAAAUGUGCUAAAAACAAUAAGCCUCCCGAUCCAAUCAUAAUGUUGUCUUCUCGCUGGUCUACAUUCCGUCAUUUUCUCCAAGCAGAGCUAUUACACCACCUUCACGCUAUAGAUGGAAGGCCACUUGAAGUAGAAAAUGUUCUGCAUUUUCGAGAUGUCAGCCAUGCUUAUGACAUGUUACUUUCAGACUAUACUCACCAUUUAAAUCGAGUUGUUCCUUUCCGCUUUCGUCCUGAAAAAAGAAUGGUAAGUAUGGUAGAUUCUCGUCUACAUACUUUAGAGUGGCGUCGUGUUAGCCGCAGUAGAAGAAGCUCAGCACCAGCAGCCGCUCACCCAAAAGCCUUACCUGACACACAGAGUCCUGAAGUAGAUCCUGCUUCCCGAUAUGUUGAUAACCUCAUCACACUGUCAAGAAAUUCACCUGUCCCUGUCCCUCCUUCUCCACCCAGUUCUGAUAGUCGACCAACAAGUAGGCUUUGCAGUCGAGAAAGUUCGCUAUCCCCUUGUCCCCCAGACUGUUCAACACCCAAGGAUGACAGAGCAUCAAGACCGCGAACAUCUAAUCGCCCAAGACCAAGAAGCUUGUAUGUUUCUACACGCUGUAAGAGUCCAUUAUUAUCUUCAGAAUUUGAUUUUUGGGAGCAGCAAAAUCUGAUUGCAGAAAACAAAAACAAGAAAAAAGCAGUACGUUGUAGUGAGAUACCAGAAGGUAUUAAAACUCGGGCUCAAUUAUCUCUUGAGGCUGAACUUAAGCAAGCAAAAACAAAGGCUAAAAGUGCACCUGCAUCACCACAGACCAAAUGUAAACCAAGAAUGGUGAAAGAAAAGGCUAGCGUUUUUGAAAGGGGUUCUGCAGCACGAUCAACUUUUCCAGAAACUCGUAAGAAUGUGGACACUAUUACCCCAAGUACUCCAGUUAAAAAACUAGUGCUAAUGUUUUCAAAAGCAUUUGCAGCAAAGGAAAAAGAUCCUGAAAUUUCAAAACCUUUAAAAAGGAGCAAUAGCUUUCAUGUACGUCGAGCUUCAUUUGAGCAGGGUGACCAGCCAGGAACUUUACCAAAGGAUUAUACAAAUUCCUUGAAGAUAAAUAAAUCAAAGAAUGCUCUAGAGAGUGGUAUGUGCACACUUCCUAGAAAGUCCCGUCCUCACUCAAUUGAAGUAUCAAAAUUUUCUUACCUUGAAAGCUGCAUUGAUAAGAGAGCAGAAGCAAUACAUGCUGAAAAAGAAGUACAGGAGAAAGAAAAGAAAAAGAAGGAAAUAAAAAAGCCAUCGACUCUAAAUAUCCAAGAUAAUCAGCAUAACAAGAAGACCCAUGUAUCACCAAUCCGUAGCCUAAUUGCAGGAUUGAACACACUGAGUGUAAGCCCUGUAAUGCCUCGAGCUGCAAAACAACAUAAGAAGACUUUAAAAGAUACCAUCAGCAUAAAACGUGAUGAGCUUCGUCUGAUUAACCUAAGACCAGGAAGUCCUCGUCUAAGUAGUCCUGUAUCUGCUUCACCACCAUUUGAUUCUAUUGAAGCAAUGGACUGGCCAGAAAAUCAACCAAGUUUAGAUAAAUCUUCACAAAGAAAGACCCCUUCAGACUUUCCAAGAAAAGCUAUUGACUGCGCAAAGAAAACUCCAACAGAUAGCCCAGCAAGGACACCAACAGGGAGCCCAGUUAUUGCAAGAUCUCCAAUUAUCAAAACAUCUCCAUGUCCUUCACCUUGUCCUUCACCAUCAGUGCCUAGGAUGUUUGCCAACUUGAAAAAGUCCUUGCGGAAAAUACCUCACGAACCAGAAUAUAUUGCUCCACCACUCUAUAUAUCAAAAUCACCUACAAUAAUGCUGCACUCCCCCUCAUCAGAAAAUAUUGAAGGCCACCCUGAUCAUUCAGACAUGUAUGACCAACCAACAGGCUUGGCUGUGCUAAAGUUUAAUAAUGACGGCAGAUUGUCUAAGCUUGAAGAUAUAUUUUCUCCUAAGCCCUCUCCGGCCCGCAGUCAAGAAGACAUUCAUCAGAUGUUUGUAAAAGAAUCAAAAACUUCUGAAAAGGGACAUAAAUCAGGUCUCAGAGUUGAGACUAUAAAGCCAGAUAUCGAAACCAGAGUUUUUCAGGAGGACUAUGCUGAUAAUACUUCAAGAUUUUCAGAAGCAAAGAAGACUAAUGACUAUAAAAUUUGUGGCAAAAUUUCUGUUAAAGUAAAACAGAAGUUUAAGGAUGAUGAAAGUGACAAAUUUAACAGAGCAGAAACAGAGACGAUUAUGGACUCACAAAGAAAUGACAAGACAGAUACAGCAGAACCAGGUAAGUUCAAGGACAAUGAACAAAAAGGUACAUCUGACAAGGCAGAAACAGAGAAAGUUGUGGAGCCUGAAAUAAGUGACAAGUUAAAUAAAGUAGAAACAGAAAAGUUCGGGGAUCAGGAAAGAGGAGAGCAAAGAGAUUUGGGAACUAGUGAAAAAGAAGAGAUUAUGUCACCAGAAGAUCUAAUGGCCAUGACAUCUGCCUCUAUGUCAGUUUCUUUGAGUGAAGCAGACAAAGAGGUAUCAGAUCUCUUUUCAUAUGAGGAAUCCUUCUCUCCUAUAAAACCUAAAACGAAUUCUAGUGAUAUUUACUGUAACUCUGAGCCACUGGAGAACGAAGAGACGGCUUCUUCAGAGAAUGAAUACUCAGUUGAUAAAGGGAGAACCAGCAAUUGUUCAAUGCCAGCUCUUGAGCAUGAGGAAAUGAUGACCCCUACAAAAUCCUUCUCGGAGACGAAACACACAAACAGCCCAGUGAGCAUUGACAGCCCUAAUCCAGAGGAAACACAAGGAAACUAUGAUAACAGAAGCUCAUGUCAACCAGAUUCUCCAGAUGUGGAGGAUGAAUGCUCUGCUCCUGUUUACAAAAUGGUUGAGCGCUUUGCCCAACGUAUUCAAGCAGAACAAAUGCUGAUUGAACGUCCUGCAAGUCCUAAAAGUUAUAAUGUUAUAUAUAGGAACUCCUGGACCAAAACAGCAAGCGAGGUAGCAGUACAGGACAAAGAGACUGUUGAAAAUUCUGAUAAAACAAAGCCAAAACAGAAACCAGAGGCACUUUUAGAAACAGAACAACCCAUUGCCCCUCCUAGAAUGAAGUCCCCAGAAGUAAAAUCUAGUUUGAAUAAGAAAAGAAAUAAAAUGGACAAUUCUCCAAAAGUUGAAAGGUCAACAAAAUGCCAACAGCCUACUGCUUUGAAAGAGGACACCACGCAUAACAUCAAACUACACUCAACUUCAAAAGAUCAGAGUUCACCCCAAAUCAAAUUACGUUCAAUUUCAAUGAACCAGAGUUCGCCUAAAAUUAAAUUACGCUCGGUUUCAAAAGACAGAGGCCUAUGUACAAUUAGAACUAGUACUCACAUAGACAGUAAUACAGAUAUGUUAAGGUUUAAAAGUAUGGAAUCUGAAGAAUACGUGAGCUCACGUGACACUUCCAGCCCAAGACAUUCUUCAAGCCUGAGAUCUACACCAGUUAAAGAACUCUCAACAACACCAGUUAACAAAAUGGUGGAAAAAUUUGCAUUACAGAUCAAGGCUCAAUCAUUACCACCAUCACCACGAGCAGCUCGACCCCACUCAAUCGGCACCUUGAUCCAACAAGACUUUUUGCGAUUAUAUUCAGACAAUCCUCCAGGAGAUGAAUAUAGACUUGAAGAUGAUAUUCAUGAGAAUUUGUCUCUCACAAGUGAUUGCUGUGAAGAAACAAUGUUUGACAUUUCAGAUGAUGAAGAACAGAAAACAGGGGAUAUAUGCAUUGCAGCUGAAAAGAGCUUAAAUUCAAAAUGUGAUUCCAAGGGCAAACAGGAAAAUACUAGUACUGAAAAGAAAGCAGAACGGCAAAAAUCAGAGACCAAAGCUGAUGAUAGAGAAAAUGUAAGCUCUCCCUCACCAACUCAGCCAAAAGAGACUAAAGAAGAAAUAGAAGCUUUGCCCAACAAACAAGAACAAAGCACAUCAUCAAAUAAAUCAAGUGUACUCACACAAAGAGAAUCAAGAUUUAAUGAACGUCGCCAUGAGUUCCUCCAGAAGAUACGAGGAAUCAGUGAUAGCCCCAUUCCUCUCGGCAAGAAGAAAUAUGGAGAAAUAAAGGCAACCCUGAACAAGAAGAGAAAUAUACUACAAGGAGAGAAAAUAUUUGCUGAUGACCUAAAAAAUUCAAGGGCAAUGACAAGUAGUCCUCAGCUAGAGGAUAUGGCAAUUGUGAGGUACACCAUAAGCAUUGAUGAAGAGUCUAUAACUGAGCGACUGCGGACACCACCCAUCACCCCGAGAGAUGAUCCAGGUGGUGCUAUUGGCCUUGUAGCAGAUAGAGAAAGCCAUGGCAUAGAUGGAGAUUCUCAAGAACUCUGUUCAAAUGAAUAUAAGAGAGUUGAGGAGAUAUUGUUAAGCUCUAGCAGUAGAACUGCAUCCCCAGCAAUGCCAUCACCUAGAUUUAAUACAUUGCCAAGGAAGUCCAAAAGUAAUCGUGUAACUUCCCCAACAUCUUCACUGAAAAAAAUACCAGGGAAAAAGAAAGUAAUAGAAACUGACAUAUCUCAGCAUAAGGUACAAAUGCUGAAAUCAAGUCGGACAGGUGGAAUGGAUAAGAUGUCCUUUAGGCAUUUUGUUAAAACCAGCAUUGCCAACGAAGACUCAAAUAUUUCACAGUCUGAAACAAAUGUCGUAGAGAGUGGUACCCAAGUAAUUGAGUAUACAUCAGGUGAUAUAUCAACAGAAGAGUUUGAAUCUAAUCCUGAAGAUGUUGAAGAGGCAGUUGAGGCUAUUUCACUGACAUCAGAGGAUGAUGAGCCACCAAAGCUACCCAAGAAAAAGCCUAUAUCGUACAAUGAUGACAGCCAAGGCUCAGAUAAUAGUGAUAAUGGCUAUAAACAGUCUCCAAGGAGGAAAUCUCCUAGCGUUCCUGUACGAAGAAAAAGAUUACCAAGUACAAGAUCUCCAGCUGAUCUCAGAUCUCAGGAGGAAGGAAGAGCAAGCCCCAAGACUUCAAAUAAACAUUACAGUGAUGACAGCGACAUCGAUGAGGAUAACAAAAAUAAACCUAGUAAAAGCUCUAGAAAGAGUAGUAAUAAUUCAAAACGCUCAGGUGAAGAUCAAGUAAGGGUUUCCCCUGUAGGGUUAAGUUAUAGUGAUGAUGCUAGACAAAGCCCUGACAGUGUCAACUUGAACUUUAAGGUUGAGAUCCCUGAUACACCUUUAGAUGUCAACAGAGACAUUCGACGUUUUAUGUGGGGAAGCCUAAAGAAAAAGAAAUAUUCCAGCUCUAAAUCUGAAACCGAGAACAAAAAACAGGAUGAGCAACAAAGAUCCACAGAUGAAGGAAUUAUGUUAAAAUCUGGCGGAAUUAUGUUAAAAUCUGGCAAGAAGCAAGAUGAAAAUACAAAAGAUAUUAAAGUAGCUGUAGAAGAAGAAACGUCAGCUACAUCUGUGCCUGAAAUGACCAAAGAAGCAGCAGCCACACCAUGGCCUGAAAUGAAAGAAAAGGAAGCCAUAUCUGUACCUUUGCCUGAAACAUCAGAAAGUGAAGCAGAGCCAAAAUCUUUGUCAAAAGUGGUAGAAAAGGAGAAUGCUCCCAGAUCUUUGCUAGAAAUGAUGAAAACUCUGUCUGUGGAGGAUCUACAAAGUUGUAACGAGUGUACAAACAGUCCAUUGCCUGUGAAGAGGUCUGAUAAAAAAAUUGCAGAAACUUCACAAAAGAAAAAUACUGCACCUACAAUUGUCGCUAUGCUUCCAAAGCACAGAGCUGGUUCACCUAUAGUGGGUCUGCGGCUUAGCAGAGAAAGCGCAAGUCCCACAAAAUCUCCACCUCCAAGGACCCUGCCCAAACCCCGUAAAAGGGAUUCCACCGAAAGAUCAGGAUUUCAUUCAGUGGAUGACAUGUCUACAAUGAGAGUACCAUCUCAAACUGAUGAGAAGAACUUCCCUCAAAGAAACAGUGUAUGGGAUGAAAGACCUAGGUCAUGGGCAGGCAUGGACUCUCCAGAGGUCAUGGAAGCCCUAAUAGAGCAAGAUUCACUCACAGAAGAACCAUGUCCAUCUUCACAGCAGGCACAAGAGGAACAUACUGAUGCUACCUUCUUUUCAGAUGAAAACGAAGUCUUCUGUGAGAGUCCUCCUAUGAACGGAAAUGAAAUACAGAUACAGACAUGUGAGGAAAAACCCGAGGUGCGACCAAGAGCAGGUGUUCUUAAGAAUGGUAGAGACCGCAGUCGUGAAUCACGACGAAGUCUGAGGGUGUCUUGGGGUGACUUGCCUGAAAGAAUCGAGUCGCCUUCUGAGGACGACCAACAAGAGGAAAAUGAGAGGGAGGAGUCUGAGGAGCAUCAGGGCGGGGAGGAGGAGGAGGAAGAGGAAGGGGAAGAGGUGGAGGAGGAAGACGAAGAAGAAAGAGUUACUCAGCUGUAACAGGAGAUACAGAUAAUUAUGAUAAAGAACUUCUCCGUUUUUAUGCUGUUUUUCAAAUCUAUACAUCUAAGGUAUAUUUUGCUUUUUUCUCUCUAGCAUCUCACCCCAAUCAUAGAAUUUAAUUCUAUCUUAGAUUAUCAAGCUAAUGCAUUAACAUUCUCAUACACUGAUUACAGGCUUAGAACUGUUUGCUUAUAAACAAACUUUUUUCCCCAUAUGACCCAAAUGAAAUAAACCUUGCAACAAUCUCUUUCGUGCAGUUAAAUAACGAUAUCGGAAUUCCCAGGAUAGGAACUAGGGAGACUAUAUCACUAGAAAUCAUCUGAGGGUUUCAUAAUAGUAGUAGAAUAAUUAUAUAAGUUAGCAAUAGUUUUACCCGGCUUAUGUUGUUUUGCUCUUAUUAAAGUGGGUCCACACCAGGACCCACUUGGUCUACACGGUGUUCGAUGCGACGUCAAAAGCGCGGAAAGUCAAAACUUUCCCUGCUUCUGACGUCAAAUCCAACACAGUUCGUCCAGCAAAGCCCGACCGUGUGGGCGGGGCUUAACAGAAUUGAUCUCUCGGCAGUCUCGGAAUGUUACAAAAUUAAAUUCAGAUGCAUUUUGGACGCAUCACAGUGCCUUCCGAAAUGGAUAUUCAAAAUUAAUUUUCACGACUUAACGUCUUCCCAAUGUAAGUUCAAAUGUCUCUUGACAAAUCCCGGUGUCUUUCAACAGUAAUGGUCAAGCACUGACUCUUUGACAGCUUUCAGCGAUUGUCAAAAUUGUUAUAUCAUGAAGUAUACCUUUGCCCGCCAGAAUAUUUAUUCAGAGUGUGAGUAUGGACGGAAACGACAUACUGGCCAACGGACAAUACAAUCCAGAAUAUCAUCAAUUUAGUUACGAACAUUUCGACCUGAAGUGUAUAAAAAGUGUUCCACAUUUCAAAUUACUAUAGUGAAGUCUACAAACCCGCAUGCUGCUUUUGCCUUACAAUCAUAAAUGCAUGUGUACUGCUUGCUAUUCUCAAUUUACAUUUAUUCACUACCUUGUAUUUAGGCAUUUAUACUGUAGAAUCAUAAAAUUACGUAUAUACAGACACAAACACACACACACACACACACAUAUAUAUAUCUAUC